AAGGGAUCGCAGGUGAUGUUAUAAUCAAAAUGUUAUUUAUAGAAUCUAAUCUCUUGUCUUUUUGUCCGCUGUUCAGACCUGAUGGACGACAUGAGCACUGAGGGCAGAGAGUGCGUCAACUGCGGCUCGGUGUCCACGCCGCUGUGGCGCAGGGACGGUACCGGACACUACCUGUGUAACGCCUGCGGCCUCUACCACAAAAUGAACGGCAUCAACAGGCCGCUCAUCAAACCACAGAAACGACUGCAGACUACAUCUCGCCGGGCCGGCCUUUGCUGCACUAACUGCCACACCAGCAUCACCACACUGUGGAGACGCAACGCAGAGGGAGAACCCGUGUGUAACGCCUGUGGCCUCUACAUGAAGCUGCACGGGGUAGGUCACAGUCACAUCACAGGGUCCA